AUGUCGGACUACAACUUGACCUUCCUUCCUCCAAAAGCUAGGAAGUACGUCAAUCCUUACGUACCCUUCGUCCUCGGAGGCCUCUCUGGCUGCACUUCUACCAUGAUAAUUCAACCGAUAGAUAUGGUUAAGGUUAGAAUCCAGGUGUAUGCUGCAACACAGCGAGGCUCAGUUUCACCGUUUACCAUGAUUUCCAUGAUAUUUAAAAACGAAGGGAUGCUCUCGUUCUAUAAGGGCCUGGACGCAGCCUGUGCGCGUCAGCUUCUAUAUACAACAACGAGGUUGGGACUCUUCAGGUCACUGUCAGACCACAUCAAGGCCAAAAAUAAAACAAAAACGAUACCUUUUUAUCAAAAGUGCGCGCUGAGCAUGUUCUGCGGAGCUGUGGGAGCGAUGGUUGGGAAUCCCGCAGACCUGGCUCUGGUGAGGAUGCAAUCGGAUGCUACAGUGAGCGCAGACCAGAGGAAAAACUACACAAGCCUCUUCAACACCAUUUACAGGAUCGUCAAGGAGGAGGGGAUCCUGAACCUGUGGAGGGGCUCCCUGCCAACAGUGGUUCGCGCAGUGAGCCUGAACCUGGGCAUGCUCUCGUCUUUCGACCAGAGCAAGGAGGUGCUGGCGAAGUACAUCAAGGAGGGGACACUGCUGCACACCUGCCUGUCGAGCGCAGUCGCAGGCUUCUUUGCAGUCACCUUCAGCCUCCCCUUCGACUACGUGAAGACGUGUAUGCAGAAGCAGAACCAGAAGGGCACCGCGUACAAGGGCAUCAUGGACUGCAUCAUCCGGAACUACUCGGAGGGCGGCAUUUUGCGCUUCUACUCCUCGUACGCAACCUACUACGUGAGGGUGGCCCCGCACGCGAUGCUGACCCUCAUUCUCAUGGACACGUUCACGAAGUUUUUGAAGGGAGGCAAGCCGGGGUCGAAGCCGAAGCUUCCGCCCAAGCUCCAGGCGAAGGUCGAACAAGUGGCCGAGUAA